CUUAUACGCUACUCGAAACGAAGUUCAACGCCCAAAUAUCAUCGCCAGUUCCCGUAUCUGAAGACAGCAUUCCCGUUUACGUGAAUCGUUAUGGCCUUUGUCGAAACAUUUCCAUAGCUGCUGGACUUAGGUAAUUUUUGGUUUGCCGCAUCAUCGGGCUUGGCCCGUACCUCAGGAUGUCUUCGACAUCAUCAUCGUCUACCUCCAACCCGCCGAAGACGCCGUUGCACGAGAGGUCAGACUCGGAAAAUAACAAGUUGCAAAUUCGCAUGGUCCCUUACUCGCCGCCUAGGCCUCUCGAUGACGAAGAUAAUAGUAGAUUGUCUCACCCGGACGAGCAGGACGAAGAGGCUGAGAGGGAAGAUGAUCAGAGCGCAACUGACUCGGCAACUAUCACAACACCAAGAACGCCAAAAGCCACGACACAUGGUAGGAGAGGCUAUGGCGCAGGUUCAUCCCGUUCGCAAUCAUUUUCGUCGCCUAUCUCAUCAGCAACUGGGAUUAAGGGUAGCGAUGUUUCAGGGCCGAAACUUGCUUCUGGCUCAGGUGGUGUUGAACACACUGCCCCACAAACCCCUGUCAUUAACACGCUUUCGUAUGGAAGCAAUAUCAGGCGUAUUAAUCCCCAAUCGCAGCCAUCACCAUCGCGCCACGAUGACGGCCCUGCGAGGCCGCGGAGAGCAACCGUAUCUAGACGAGAAAACUACAUCAGCGUACACGCAGACAAAACCUUUUCAAUUGUACUCAAGCCGACUCAACGACGCCAUUCCGACAGGUCGGGAUCGAUUACAAAAUCGCUUCCGCUCUCUAACGUCUCUACAAACGUUUCCACUAUCAGCUCGCACGAAGAAAGUUCUUUUGACGCGUCCACCGAAGAUCGUCACGGCUCUCCAUUGAGCUCCGUGCUCGAGCGCAGCAUCUCCCCCAAUACAUCGGGUUCCCCCUCCACAAUCACAGCUUUGCCAGAGGAAGUGAUUGAGCCUUCGCCAUUUAAUUAUCGCAUGGUUGGUGGUUUGCGCAAGGUGCCAAUUACUCCUGAUCCUAAAGGCAAGGGUAAGCAGAGGGAACUUCCGGAAUCUCCUUUACCACCAUUACCGGUAACGACCGCCUCAUCACCGGAACCUUCAUCGCCUCUCGCGACGAAACAAUCGUUUAAUUCCGACGAGUCCGUAUCAACGAUCGAAGAAUCCACGAAUUACAAAGUCAUAGGUCGCAGUUCUCCGCCCUUACCAGACGCGGCCAGCAUUGACGUGCCAUCUUCAUCUAGUAGCGCAAACUACAAAGUUAUCGGACAAUCAUCUCCGGCUCAGACCCUUGCCUCGACUGCUGGUCCGGCAUUCCCUGACACUCCGGCAAGCAAGAACUACAUUGUCUACGGCGACGCCUCCUCGGUAGCAUCGUCAGCUACCCCUUUCCGCGGACACCGUUAUCAUCGUUCAGACGACAGCUCCCAACGCAAAGUACGCGAAAAGUACUCGCAAGAAAGCCUUCUCGUACCUCCGCUUAGACCACACAAGCGAUCGUCAUCUGAAAGUUUUGGUUAUCCCAAGCAACGGUCACGUGAUACUUCUCGAGGCCGGACAAACUCAUUUUCGUCUCUUUCAAGUAUAGUCAGCCACGAUACCGGUUCUCUUUUUACUGGUUCCACCCCGAACGUCGUUCUUUUACACCACACGCCUUCCGCCUCAUCUAUCCCGCAACCUACAUGGGCAGAGCCUUCGAGUUCGGCACAACAGAAAGCACCGAUGGAUAUGCAUCAAUGGAGCUCACAGCUCUCGACUGUGAUGUCCGAGUACGAGGGCAGCGACCCUGGCUCUCACGGUGCUUCUACUGGUUCUAUGGCAGAUCGGGUUAGCAGUGUUCUUGGAAGCAGGGACAGUAGGCACAUGCGAAGUAUUUCGUCCUCGCUAGUUCUCGAAAACUUAGAAACCCGCUUGUCGCAUUCAAGAUCACAUUCAAGAUCGCAUUCUCACAGCGAUUCCUUAGAUCGCCCAGGGGCCGCUUAUUCAAGAGGAGGACUAUCGACUUCUUCGCCUCGUAUGAUUAGAGAUCAUGAUGAGCAUGGCGAUGGAUUAGCAGACCUACAACAUCUCCAACACAGGUCGUCCAGAACUCGUCUCGGUUUCUCUAGGCAAGCUUCGGAUAGAAGUCUCCGCUCCAGCGCGAGCUCGCGUGCUGGAAGUCUGGUAGCUUCCUCUUUCCCAACCUGGGCAAGGCUCUACUACAGUAGUCCGGACAGACGCUGGCUCACGCCUCUUUCCAGAUCCCCCUCUGAAGUUAGCGAUACCCGACCGACGAGUCCUUGGGUAGGUGGCGGAUCACCAUCUCAUGAUCAGUACGCUCAUCCUAUCUACAACCCACGCCGUCGACCAAGGGAAAUAGACCCCCACGGUCAUCAUCCGGAAGAUUCGAUGGAGAUUUCGCCGGUUGUCGAAGCCGGCGACAUGCGCCGAGCUCCUAAGAAGAAAUCCUCCAGCCUAUGGUCACCGCAUCUUCGCUUGGACACGCGGGCUAGUAACUUCAGCAUGUGGAAUACACCCUCCGUAACUUGGUCUGCCGACACUGGCGUCUUUGGGAGACGCAACAUCCAAGUAGUUCUUUUUGUGAUGGGAUUCUUAUUUCCCUUCGCUUGGAUGGUUGGAGCGCUUCUACCGCUUCCCCCGAAACCUACGCUUGCCAUGGAGGAACCUGCCUACAGUAAAACUCAGUUUCCUAGCUCGAACCAGGUGGAACCCGCCCAGGGACGAUUUGUGCUUGCCGACGACGCCCGAUACCAGAGUGCCCGAUGGUGGAGAAACAUCAACCGUUUCAUGGCCGUCGCGGGGUUUAUAAUUCUCGGCGCGGUUGUCGCUCUAGUUGUGGUGGGCGUUCGAGAAAGAUGGGGCCGACAAUAACGAUGGAAACGACGGCUCCUACGCGCCCAACUCAUCAUAACCCGAUUCCUUUUUCUAUUUCAUCCUCGAGACGACGAAUUAUGAUUAUUUUACGUAAUAUAUAAUCACGAUCUCAUGAGCUAUGCGGCUGCAUAUAAAGA